AUGCCAAGAAAGCCAAAAGUGAUCUUUCCCCCCCCCCCAAAAUCGAUCGAUAGUAAUCCGAUUGUUUGUCCUCCACCAGAGGUUUUCGAAGCUGGAACAUCAGUCUGGAAAUCAUCUUUGGUGGGUCAAUUUCUCGGGGCGCCACCAAACUUCAAUGCACUGCAAAGAAUCAUUGAAACCCUAUGGAACCAUCCAGCGAAAGGCGAAGGAGUUCAGGUCAGUUACGCCGGAAACAAUGUUUACAUCUUUUCAUUCGCUAAUGAUUCUGUUAGAGACUGGGUCCUUGAAAACGGACCUUGGCAUGUUUUUAACAAGCCUUUAAUCUUAAGAAUUUGGGAGGCUAACAUGCAAAAGCUUGAUUUUGAUUUUGCUCAUCUGCCUAUAUGGAUCCAUCUUUACAAUGUGCCUCUAGAAUUAUAUACUCAAGAUGGCCUAAGCUCUAUUGCCAGUGCACUAGGGAAACCAAUCUCCAUGGACUCUUUCACUGCUUCUAAAACUAGAUUGCACUUUGCUAAAGUUUGUGUUGAGGGAAACCAAUCUCCAUGGACUCUUUCACUGCUUCUAAAACUAGAUUGCACUUUGCUAAAUUGCAAAAAAUGUGCCAAAUUUGGACAUUCUGAUAAGAAUUGCCCAUCACAACAUUCAACUGCUCCAAUGAAAAUUUGGAGAAAAAAGGCUGAAGUUAACAUAAGUAUUGAAACAAAACCUCUUGAAAACUCUGAUGAAUUACAGCAAAAUCUCCCUGAACCUUCUGAUUCUCACUCAGAAGUUGUUACUAGUUCAAUUGAUGAAAACUCCCAUAAUACUGAAAUCCAACCAAAUAAAUCAAGGCUUGCUGCUUUAGGAGUUGCUAAUCUCCUUAAAGAGUUAAAGACUACAAAGAAAGAGCAUCUAGUUAAAACUAAGACUCCUGUAGAUAAAGGAGAAACUUCAAAAUCCUCUUCACUAUGA